AUGAGCAAAGCUCACCUUCCCAAGUUGAAAAAAUUUGUGGACAAGAAGUUAUUGAAAUUAAAUGAUGGCAGACAUGUCCAAGGAACAUUGCAGGGAUUUGAUCCCUUUAUGAAUCUUGUGACAGAUGAAUGUGUGGAGACGACGACUAGUGCGCAACAGAACAAUAUUGGAAUGGUGGUAAUACGAGGAAAUAGUAAUAUCAUGUUAGGAGCCUUGGAACGAGUAUAA